CUGAUCACAUGAUUCUCGACUUGCAGGUCAUAGUGGUCUGUUGAGAUUCUCCCUUUUAAACAAGUGAUAGUACAAUGUUUUUUGGUGCCUGACUAGCUGUCAUUUUCAGUCUCCAGGUCUUUCAGUGUUGGGCGUGGAGCUGGCUUUCUCAAGUCAACAGCUGCAACUGCUUCAGCAACAGUAGUGUGUGAAGUGGAAGGAGGACUGUCCACACCCUUGACUUGAGCCAAUUUUCCUGCUAAUAUUUGAGAUGACAGCUACAGCAAAUGAUUAUGACUAUGGUGAUUACAAUGAGACUUCACCAGUUACACCGAUCACACCAUGUCCUACUGACAGUGUCAACAAUCUGGGAGCUCAUCUAUCCACCCUUUACUACUUUAUGUUUCUCUUCAAUCUGUUUGGCAACGGGCUGGUCUUGGUCAUCAUCCAUCGGUUUGAGAAGCUGACCACUGUGACCAACAUCUUGCUGCUGAACCUGGUGUUUUCCUCUCUAAUCUUCAUGAGCAGCCUUCCCUUUAUAGCAGUCUACAUGCAGCUCUCCACCUGGAUCUUUGGCAAGGUUAUGUGCAAGAUUGUGGGCAGCGUCUACUAUCUGGGCUUCUACAGUUCUGUCCUCUUUCUAACCCUUCUGACCUUCGACCGACACCUUGCUGUUGUGUACUCUUUGAGUGCAUCACGAGUGAGAAACAGAGGCUAUGCUCUAAUGUCCUGUGCUGUGGUAUGGCUGAUCAGCAGCCUGGCAUGCAUCAAGCCAAUGAUUCUCCACAACACUUUUAUUCAUUUCAUCGACAACAAAACAUACUGUCAGGAGUAUCCAGGUGAUUUACCUUAUGUUAAUGUGGAGCAGCUGAGAACAUCUGGAUUUUAUCUCCAGCUUUUCCUUUUCUUGAUCUUCCCUCUGGUUGUUAUUAUCUACUGUUACACUAGGAUUGCAAUCACUGUGCUAUCAUCCAGGAUAGUCACCAAGUUCAAGACAGUCAGGCUGAUAUUCAUCAUUGUCCUGUCGUUUUUCAUAUGCUGGACCCCAUUCAACAUUGUAACGCUGUUACAUGAUGAAGGUGGUUCCUGUGAUCAUUUGCAGAAAAUGGGCUAUGCACUCCAUGUCACUCGUAACAUUGCCUACAUUUACUUUUGCUUUAGUCCUUUCUUAUACACAUUUGUGGGGAGAAAGUUCCAAAACUACUUCAGACAGAUGCUGGUGAAACGCUUCCCAGGGUUAAAGGGGCAUAUUUCUGUCAGUCAAAACAGCAGAACCAACAUGUCCACAAAAAGUACGCCAAAUGAGUUUUAGGAUUGGGAAACCCUUUAUUUCUCAGUGCGGCCAUGUGUUCAACUAACCAUGGUUUUACAAACAACUGAAGGAAGUAAUAAGUCAGUUCUUUUAGGAGUGUCAAGGUGCAGUAGGGAUAUAGUUUUGCAUAUAGUAGGAUAAAAGCUGAGAUAAUGGAUUUCUGAACUAAACACUUAGAUAAGACAAGAUGCAAACCCCGGGGUUCCACUUUGCUAUAUAAAAGGCACACUACUUCUUGCAUUGGCAUAUCCUGCAAAUUCAGUCAGAAUGAAUGUUAUUCCAAAGGAAUACUGGGCUGAGUCCUACAGCCCAAUGAAAGGCAAAUAAAAAGUUGUUACCUUAAAUUAGAAGAUCAUUUUCAUGGCUCCUAAUUUACUGAGAAGUAUUUUAGAUUUCAUUGCUUUGCUUUAGAGAGAUGUUUUUGCAUUUAAUGUCAUAUCAAACCAUUCCCUCUUUAUUUCUGUUACAGUGCAGCAUUUUGAGGCUAUAGCUGUGGCAAUCUUUUGUACAGUUGUUACAGGUUACAUAUCUCUACUGCGAACAGAACCGUGCUCUCUCAUCUAAAAUACUACAGUUGUUCUAUCUAAGCUAGCAUCACUGCAGCUACGUGUGCUGUUCACUGCAGAACAGGAAGUAACUGGGUUUCAUGUGAUAGGAGCUCAUCUAUCGUCAGAUAACAUCAACUGUGAUAUUUCUUUAGUCAAUUUCUAGAAGGAAAGUCCAUAAAUCAGUAGGUGAUGCCAUAUAACAUUACUGACAGAGACAUAACUUUGCAAUGCAUUUUUUAUUAACAGCAAUGCAAGUGCAACAGGGCUUAAUCAACCUCUGAACAAGAGAUAUUUUGAGCAGUGGAGGAAACUCUUUCACUAAUCAGGAGCUAUGGGCUGUUGAAUAAGACUUUGCAUAAAUUUCAACACAGUUUUCAAAGGUUUCUUUAUAUUUAGUUUUAUUCUAGUUUUUGACAUGAAAAAUAGUCACUGGUAGAGAAAGCACUGUCACCAUGCUUGCACUCUUAAGUCCAGCACUGACAAAAGCUCUCACCUUUAUAUAUUACCAAACUAACGGCCAUAUAAAUGUAAGCACUUUAGGCACUGUUCAGAACUACACCCUGGCUUGACUUGGCUGCUGUUGAUACCAGGCCUGUCAGACAUUCAUGUAUCAGAGUCAAAGAGUAGACUAGUGCUUGUUAGCCUAGUCAUGGAUAUUAUUCCUGCUGCUUGCUGAGUUAAUACUUGCCGCUGUAGUUUAUUCAGGUUUUUUAAUUGUCUGAAGGUUAUUUCUUAUUUUUGCUACUGUUGUGAUAAAACAUACAAAUGAGUUUUGUUUAUUUACUGUAAAUAUAAAACACAUGUAGUAAGAACUGGGGAAAACCAACUCUUGAUUUCUUAAGUUGUCAACUUUAUGUAGUCUACACCUCAAUAUUCUAAGAGGACAAUGCAGCAUUUUACGUCCACUUAUUACCCAUAUUAGUGUGUCCUACACCAUUGUCACCUGAAAAUUAAAUGAAACUUGCUCACAAACAGGUAGCCUUGUAUAGCAAUUAUGUUAUGAAUAUGUUAAUGAUCAAAUAUCACAAACUCACACUGCCUCAUGAACAGCUGUCAUUCAUCAGACUGAAACGACUGAUUAAAUGUUGCAUCCAUCAUAUUACAGUUGCCUGUAUCACCCUGCAAAACUGGCGCUGUAUUUUAUACAUGAAUCAAGCAUGCACAGUCAUUGUUGUCGUUUUCUACAUGGCCUCCACCCUGAAAAUUCCUGCUUGGAACUACAUUUGUUUUGACGAUGAUGUUGUUUCUAAUGUUUUUACUUUUUACAGAUUUUUUAUUCUACAUGUUUAUAAUGAUAUAUGUCCUUUGUGAAAUGGCUCUUAAGUGAUGUAAAAAAACUUGAUAAUAAUGUGUUGAUUCAUUGACUGGGUAGUUAUUCAGGUUUUGUAUAAAUCACAUUUUACACUGAAAAAAACAGUGAGCUGUGAGUGAAAAGUUGCAACAUCAAAGAGAGUGAAAAAUGAAUGCAGUUAGUUGAUUUUCGGCUCUUGUGUUUGCUUGUGUAAUGCUAAGCUAUUUGAUUAAAUCAGUACUUUCAAAUCA